UUGACGUCACCGCUUCAUCCGGGCACUGCCAGGCACCGCGAGAACGCACCCAGCGCUGUCGUGUCACGUGGCCGCAGUGACAGAAGCUAUCGCACCUAACGCUUGUGGCAUCUUGGACCGGACGUCCGUACCUUUGAAAAUGACCGGAAGCAUUCGCCAGGGCGAGGAAGUCUGCCUGUCGUCGGCUCCCUUCUCGGUGGACGACGACAGCCCCGGCGACGGGUCUCCGGACGGAGGCAGUCCCGCCGCCAUGUCCAUGGCGCCUUCGUCGCGGGGUUCUCGCUCGUGCAACACCGUGAGCAACGAUAGCCCCGUCCGGCAAGUGAUCAGCCCACCGCCGGGCUGGAGACCCAGUUCUUGGUCGCCCUCGCGCAGCGCCCCGGACCUCAGAAUCGCCAGGCCUGCAGGGACGGUGGCAUCGCCGUACACGACGACGCGCGUGCUCGCGGCAGCCACGGCCUCAGGCCCGGCCCGCGCCAAGAGCCCGUUCUGGCUGACCUCGCCCGACAGCAUCCAGCCGCAACAGGUCCCCGGGACGGGAGAGGCCGUCGAGUCGCAACCGCAACCCCCUGGAUCUGGAGACAGAGAGGACCUCACCACCGACAAUCAUCACACCACAGUGCUCGUAGUGGCUCAGUCACCUCGUGGUGGCUGGUGCCCGUGGUGGUGCUGGGUGCAUGCGCAGGCCUCCUGCUGCUCGCAGUGGCCGCUCUGGGCACCACCUACACCUACCGGUCGGUCAUCGCGCGCAUUGCAGCUGCGGAAAGAGCUGCGUCUCAGCAUAUCGUUAGAAGAGCGGCCCUCCAAGACAGCGUUACAAUUCUGCCACCUGGCUGAUGAACAGCACGUUACAAGCCCAGGCAAAACACGAUGCAGCUGGUGUGCAGUCACGUGACUCCGGGAAAGCAAGGACAUCUCUUCAAUUGCAGUGCUCCUUUCUUUCCUUUUUUUUUCCUUGCAUUCUUCAAGCACGUCCACCACUCUUUCUACAUUAUAAAUGUUCCCCUUUGUUUCCAUUCUAGUGAAA